GCCGCUCCUUGCUGGAAUGGCCGCAUCUCGUGCUAUAAAAAGCUGGACCGCUGGCCAGAAACUUUCAGUUUCAGUCUCUCCGUUUUUCUAAGAGCCAAAACGCAGCGGAUGCCGCUGGCAGGCUGGCUGACUGGCUUCUUCAAAGUGGCCGACGAGGCAGGAGCGAAAUAAAAAUUGGAACAACUCCCCGCGACUGGAGUUUCUGAGUCGAAGUUGGGGAUCCACGGAGUCGAGAAACUGAGGAACUGAGACACCGAGGAACCGCAGACAGCAUGAGGCUCACGUUGGCCUGGCUCAGCGUCUGCCUGGCGAUUUAUUGCGGCGGUGGCCAUGGCCAUGGCAAUGUGGUCCUAUCUUUGCCACCAUCGCUUAUCGCUACGGCCACGAAGGCGGCCUUGAGUCACCAACAACAACAGCUACAACAACAACGGCAGCAGCAGAAAAAGGAUGCACGCGUCCUGUUUGACAGCCCCAGCGAUGCACUGCGCGAUAUGCUGCACACCGGUGCCAUGAAUUCAGGAAAAUUCAGCCUGCCCAAUGCCGAUGUGGCUGUGGAUGUGGAGCAGCAACCGCAGACGUCUGAGGAUUUUAAUCGAAACGCAGAUGAUUUAGGGGCCAGGCAAUCAGUGCCGCAGGAAAUGGCAGCGGGAAUGGGAAUGGCACUGGGACUGGGACUGGGUCCCAACUAUCGGGCCACGCCCCCUCACCGGUAUUGGGGCAAUCGUUGCCAGGGUCGAUCUGGAGCAUCGGCGAAGUGUCCGCAGGAGUACUAUCGCACCAUGCUGGCGGCCAGGAACAAAGAGGCUCUGGCUCGCCUCCACUUGCAGCUCAGUUCGAUGCAGGAUUCUGACUCCGAGGUUAACUCCUCCGAUUCCGGGGAGGAGGUGGCCGACGAGGAUCAGAGCAACAAUGAGGUCUUUAUGCUACUCACCGGCGAACAGGAUCUCAUUAAGUUCCUGCACUGGGCCAUGCAGCUUCUGUAUCCGAUUCAGAGUAAUAUGGGCAAUCUGAGUGAUGGUGCCGCUGAGAAUUACUACCCCGGAAUGUUCCUCUGGAAGAAGCUGAAUUUGUCGGGUCAUUUGGAACCCCCACUCAUUGUCGAUGAACCUCAAUACGUUUUGGUGAGAAGAGAAAAGCUCUUCGAUGGCUAUCAUUUGGGAGAAGAGAUGAGCAAGGAGAGUGACCCGUUUAUACCGCCUCGAGGUCGCAAGCACAACUCGCCGGACCUGGACGCCCUGAUGAACCGGUACGAGCCCUUCGUGCCGAAUCGCGGCAAGCGCGACAAGGUCAAGGAUCUGUUCAAGUAUGACGACCUGUUCUUUCCGCACCGCGGCAAAAAGCAUCGCAACCUCUUCCAAGUGGACGAUCCCUUCUUCGCCACCCGGGGCAAGAAGCUGCAGCUCCGGGAUCUUUACAACGCCGACGAUCCAUUCGUUCCGAAUCGCGGCAAGCGGCACCUGACAGCCAGCGGCGGGAAAACCGGGGAGAGGGCGGCCAAGACGGGAAAAUGGCCAGAUGACAGCGACAACAACUGGCCGCAAAGAAUGUCAACGCAUAAAAUUAAUGGUUACGAUCAAUCAGUCAGGCCAUCACUGUCAUUGGAGGAUGCUGCGUUUGCUUCUUGGCGACUGCCCGCUAAUAGAUUGCACUCGACAAGAUCAAUGUCAGCCGAUCAGCAGUUGCAGCAAUUGCUGUUGCCCCAUGUCCGCUUCAUUGGCAAUCCGAACAUGCGCCAGCAGCAGGUGAAAACAUCAUCCUGGCCGGCAGAAGAACGCCACCGGAGAUCCAUCCUGCCCCUGGGCGCCCAAAACGAUGCCCACGAGACACAAUUAACGCAAUCGCACCCGGCUAAUCCCCAUUUGGACACUGAUUCCGACCAUUUGAACAUUUAAAUGCGGCGAGCGAUUUUCGGUUUUGGUUUCGAUUUCGGUUUUUUCUGAUUUUCAGUGUUCGGCUUGGGGCACCUUUUUUCCUCGACUCUUGUAGACAGAACUAUAUGGCACACAAUAAAGUACAGCAUGCAAUUGAUUUUGAGAGAAAUCGAA